AUGGUUUACCUAAGUCGCCCUUGGACUCCCGCCAUGAAUCCUUUCUACAUUGGCCCGUAUCCGAGAUGCGCCGUUUGUCCGUGUGACUUUGACAUUUACAAAGGAUACACUCCUGGCGGCUGGCAUAGUCGUUGCUAUCACAGCUAUUGAAGAACCUCUGUCAAAGACCUAAGAAAGAAAUCAAGAAGAAAAAAAUAUAUAAAUUGCAAGACUAUAAAAGUUUAGGACCUUAUUUAGCCAACAUACAUAUAUGUAAAUGAAAAACAAAUAAAAAAAUUGUAAAUUUCCAACAAAA